AUGAUGUUUAAUGUUGAUGUCUUGGAAACUGGGCCAACAGUGACUGCUGAAGUUGAUCAAGUUGUUAACGUUGAAGCUGGAAAAGAGAAGGUUGUUGAUGACAUUGAGGGUGAUGAUGUGGUUAAGAGCACUACAAGUUCAUCAAGCUCUUCAGAUGAUGAGAUUGACGAGACUGAACGUUUAAGAAGAGUUCAGGAAGCUACAAAACAAGAGAAAUUGUUGAGAAAGAGAAAGAGACAGGAAAAGGAUGAUGAUGAAGCUUAUGUUCCUUCUCCAGAACAUGUCUCUGAGUCACAAUCUCCUGCAGGUGGUCGAAAGAAAGCUGGAGCUCGAAAGAAAGUCGUAUUUCCAAAGAUUCGUAAAGUUACACCGAAGAUUAAAAUGCCAAAGAUUGUCUUAAAGAAGAAGCCUUCCAAAGAAACCAGGAAACCACCAACACCACCACAUGAACCAACACCACCUCAAUCACCAAUCCAAUCACCUCCACGACAACCUACACCACCACAACAACCUUCACCACCGAAACAACCAACACCACCAAGACAACCAUCACCUAUACAUCAUUCACCACUACAUCUUUCACCACCACCACAACAAACCCUUCUUACCUCGUAA